GGAUACCGGAAAGUCGUGACUAUUGUUGUUCAAGCUUUGAAACCCAUGGAAAAUGAGAGAAUGCAGUAGAGGUUAGUGGAAUAACCGGGAAACAUCCAGUCGAACGUUGGUGGCGUUCGGAGUUGUGUCACGGUCUGAAGCUUAUCGCUCUAAUAAGCUACCAUGUUUGGCUGUUGUGUUGCUGGUCGUCUACUGCAAACCGACCUGCAACAGGUGGAUGAGACACAUGCCCUCUUUGAGAUUCCAGCCGCUGAGAAAGUCAAUCAUGUAUGCGUGUUUUUACUUGGUACAGUUCCAUUUCCCGAUGGAUUUGGUGCAACUGUCCACUUUUUCUGGCCUGGAAAAGGUUCACAAAUACUUGGCAUGCUCUCGAACGAUAAACCAUCGGCCAUAUUCCGCCUUCGGUCCGCCUUCUCUUCCACAUCAGCACCCCCAUCAGGCGUGUCAACCCCUUCUGCGUUUACAUCCGCGACUUUUUCUUCUGCACCCGGUCAAGUUACCGCUAUACUCGGACUUGCAUUAGAACCUCUUGAAGCGAUAGCCGCACAACUUGCUUCUCUCCCCCAAAAUCAAACUCCGAACGCUAUGAAUAUCACCCCCGCCUCAACACCAAUGUCAUCACUGGCACCAAUAGCCAAACCUGCAGAUCCAUCGAUGCUUGCGGAGAAAAUAGCCAAGCAUCUAUUCAACUAUAUAGCGGGCUUCGUGCCAGCAGGAACGACUGUAGGUCCAGAAAGUACUGUUUCAAUGGGUGUGAUUGCUCGAUGGUACGAAAGCUUUAUUGGGAAGGUGAGGGCAGGCGGUGUCGGGUUUUUGGAACGUAAUGAAUAGCUUCUGCCGGGAAUGGAUAUCUGAUCUUCGAUCGAUUAUGAUGAACUCGAUUGCAUUCGUGAGAGGUUCAGGCGGCUGCCGCUCACUAACUUUGAUUUUAGUAUCAGGGUAUCUGGCAAACAU